AGUGAGCAAUGGUGUGACAAGAACGGACAUCCUUUUACGAUGUGGUUUCCUGCUAUUCUCGAGCCUGAGGGCAUGCACUCUCACUUGGACCCUUAUUUCUCUCUUCCAGCUCUCAAGCAGCCUGUUAUCAAGGACAUCCGAACUGCCAAGGCUCAAUUCCAGCUCAAAGUUCUGGAUGACACCUACCCUACAGAAGCGGUGAAUUGCAGCAUCAAGGCCCAGAACACUCUGAUGUACAUUGCCAGCGAAUGUGAGAAAGGGAGG